GUUUGAUCGACAUCUCGCUUGAUCGUGUGUAGUAUGGUGGUGGUGGUUGUUUGCGCGUUUAAGAUACAGGUGUAUGUAAACCGUACACCUGCAAUAUACGACAGACAGUCACCACGUUUGUCUACGCCACAGUUUAGAGAAGAAGAAGGGAUGCUUGGCUGGAGCACGACGUAACGAACUUAACGACUACAACUCACUUCAAAUUCCGCGGUUCGCUACCACCGUAAUAAUCUGCUGCUGCGGGCUGCUGUGUAUCGGACGGAUCACACAAACACAAACACAGGGCUGUGACACCCGGUUUGUAAAGACGUAUUAAAUGACAUGCGAUCGACCACGAUCGGUUUAGUGCGGCGGAUCAAGUUCAGCAAGCAGUAGCGCAUCUCGAAGACGAGGCGACAGUUCGCAGUCAAUUCGAAGCUCCAUAGCAGCAGCAAAUCAUUGAACCAGAGUUGUGUGUACUUUGAAAAGAGGUUUCACAGCUUGACUGGAAUUCGUAGACGGCAAAGAACGGCAAACUAUUUUGGGCACGAUCUAGCGUUCGCUAACUACAGCUAAACAUUCUUUCGACAGCCACAACCGGUGCGUUUGAAAUCUAACUUGCCGUGCAAAGUGAUUUGUAUCGCCUGGAGAAACAAACAUUAGUUAACUAAUCGUGAAACGACGAUCGUUUGGACGAAACGCAAAACAGAUAAAAAACGGAGUGUCGAAAGUGGUAGUGCCGUGCCGUGUAAAAAUGAGUGGCGGAUUCUUCUUUGAGCACAUCGUUGAGUUCCUGCUUCCGCAGCAGCCAACCCGUAAGGAAGCCGAUGUGGCGAAGCUCGCAACCCAGUCAGUGAUGAAGAAAUAGUUGGAAGUUUGGUUUAUAUAUACUGUUUUAGUUUAACGCCCGGAAACGUAACAGUUUGGUGCAGUUCAGAAGACGAAAUCGUAUUUUACAUCCGCCGUACAAGCGAAAACUAAUAGUAAACAGUGUGCACACACUUGGGUGUGACGACGUGUCCCUUUUCGGUGUAACAAACAGGAGCUAAAAAUGUUGAAAAAGUACGUGCUCAAACUGACCAACACGAUCGGUACGGUCGACUAUCUGAAGCGCCGGUCAUCCACACCGACGGAAGUGAUCCGUCAGCAGCAGCACCAGCAGCAGCAACAGCAACCAAACCAGCAACAGCAAGAAAACCUUUCUACGUCGCAGAAAGGCUUGGGGAAGUUUACGCGCAAUGGACGAAAAUGUUUGCGCCGACGCUUCUCGAGCAUAUCGUCCGCCGACAGUGGCAUCCUGGAGGAGAUCGAUCAGGAGGACGAGCUGCAAGCACAGCUUCAGCACCGUCAGGAGCAGCACCUGUUACAGCUGAAGGAGACGCAACUGCUGGAAGAGCAGCAAGAGGAGCACGACUCCGCAAUCACGACACCCACUUCGGAGGAAACCGAUCACGAUCUUGCUAGCCGUCUGCCGACCACGCUCGAUACGGCACUGCUGGCUGUACCGGUGGCACAGAUCAUUAUCUCUACCGCGAUAGCGGAGUUGCGGACCGCACUGCUGUUCUAUCCAUGGUUCCACGGCAAUCUGUCCGCUAAGGAGGCGGAAAAGCUUAUCCUCGAACGCGGCAAGAAUGGUUCGUUUCUAGUGCGUGAAUCUCAAAGCAAGCUCAGUGAUUUCGUGCUUUCGGUCCGGGCGGACGACAAGGUGACGCACGUCAUGAUUCGAUGGCAUGAAAAAAUGUACGACGUUGGCGGUGGGCAAAAGUUUGCAACCUUGUGCGACCUGAUCGAACACUACAAGCGCAACCCGAUGGUGGAAACGUGCGGUACCGUCGUCCAUCUGCGGCAACCGUUCAACGCGACGCGCAUCACGGCGGCCGGCAUCAACGAUCGGGUCGAGCAGUUGCAGCGCGAAAACGGUGGCCAAUCGUACGGCAAGGGCGGGUUCUGGGAGGAGUUUGAAUCUCUGCAGCAGCAGGAGUGCCGGCACACGUUUUCGCGCCGCGAAGGCCAACGGAACGAGAACCGCGCCAAGAAUAGAUAUAAGAACAUUUUACCAUUUGAUCAUACUCGCGUGAAACUGAAAGACGUGGACAGUUCGGUACCGGGUGCGGACUAUAUUAAUGCCAACUACAUCCGUCAACCAACCGAGGCGGAACAGUAUGAUAUGAGCUCGUCGUCGGAGAAUCUGGCGCAGCCGAACGGUUGCACCGGGAGCUCUCAGCCAAAUGCAACCAACAACAACGGUACGAAUGGUAGCAACAUCUCUACGGCCUACAGUGCUGGGUCGGGACAACCGACGAAAAAUUGUUCCAGCUGUCAGCUGCUCAACAAACCCUGCUCCCAGUGCUCCCUAAAGGCCAACAGCGAGAUGAAACACAAACGCAACGAAUCGAUCACAUCCCGGAUGCAGUUGCAGCAACAAUCACCCCACAAGCGGGACGAGAAGGACAUGUUCAAGACGUACAUCGCGACGCAAGGAUGCCUCACCAACACGAUACAGGACUUCUGGAACAUGAUCUGGCAGGAGAAUACGCGCGUCAUCGUCAUGACAACCAAAGAGAUGGAACGGGGCAAGAAGAAGUGCGAAAAGUACUGGCCCGAUCCGCAACAAAGCAAAGAAUGGGGACACGCACGGGUGCGGUGCCUGAGCGAGACGAGUACCGCCGACUAUACGCUUCGCGAGUUUCUGCUGUCGUGGCGUGGACAGGAGGAUCGCAAAAUCUACCAGUACCACUUCCAGGUUUGGCCCGACCAUGGCGUACCGGGUGAUCCGGGUUGUGUUUUGAACUUCCUGCAGGAUGUGAACACGCGCCAGGCGCAGCUGCAGCUGGAAGGAGUAACACCUGGCCCAAUUUGUGUACAUUGCUCGGCUGGCAUCGGGCGAACUGGAACGUUUAUCGUGAUCGAUAUGAUUUUGGAUCAAAUUCUGCGUCAAGGACACGAGUGUGAAAUUGACAUUCAGCGCACAAUCCAGAUGGUGCGUUCGCAACGGUCCGGUAUGGUGCAGACGGAAGCUCAAUAUAAGUUCGUCUACUUUGCGGUCCAGCACUACAUACAGACGCUGCUGCAACGGAAACAGGCUGAGAAGCAGAGCCUGCAAGUGGGUCGCGAGUAUACCAACAUAAAAUAUGCAUGCGACUCGAAUGAUCUGCAGCGUACCCAACUACCCCCAUCGCUGUCAACACUAAGCUUAAACACAAGACAAGACUUGCAGAACAAUCGUAUGCAGCACAACCACACUAUUAGAUCUACGUCUGACUCACAGUUACCAUUGCCAAGAACUGUGAACGAUUUAAAUAACUCAUUAUCAGUAUAUGAGAACAUUCGUGUACCACCGCCAACACCACCGAGAAAAUCAUGACAAAUGGAUUUUUAAACCUUUAAGGCAAAUGCUGUGAAAACCACCACCACCCCUGAUCCUUCCUUUCCCCUUUAUACAUCAUGGACAAGUUUUCCAUAAAUCUAUUCUAAUCUCCCUCUAUCCCUCUGUGUGUGCGUGUUUGCAUUAAAACUGCGACAAAAGUGAAGCAGCCUGUAGCCGGAACCAUUACGACGUUCUUUGUUGACGUGAAUCUUAAAGACACGUUCGCAGUGUGUGUUUUUUUUUGCGAUGCGAAGGUGCGUUGCCCAGUUGCACAGUUUCAAGCGUUUCCCACGCACUUUUUGCGCAGUGUAUAGUUUCUAGAAGUGUGCUGUAUAUGAUUAUGUAUAUGUAUAUGCUACUGCAAGGUACAAUGUGAUGUGUUUAUUCUGUUAUCUGACUAUAUAUAUAUCAUGGCGUUAGGCAAGGCGAUGGUUUUGUAGAGAGAGAGAAAGCGAAAAAGAAAAAAACGUACGUACACAUUCAAUUCCGGUAGCACAGUCGUAAUAACUAUUAAAAUGCGCCUAAUGGAUGCAACAUGCAGUAACACUAAUCGGAACCUAUUACUACUAAUAACACUCAAAUCGAAAAUAAUAGAUAGGCGUUGGGAAGUACGUUUUUGCUUCGGUUUUUAGAUAUAUUGUUGCAUUUCUGUACCGUUGUGUAUCGUUGGAACUAGAAGCGUGACGCUAUAAAGUAUCUGUGAAGGAUAAAGGGCACACUAACUGACCAUGCUAAAGGUGUACCGAUACACGGUUGUUUAGUGUAAGUGUGCUUCCGCUUUGAUUGUGAAUCAUAGCACCAAGAACGAAUGGAAAUAUUCGUUUUUCGUUUUACAUUAAAUUGGUUAGUUUUUUUUCGGAAAAGUUUUCCAUACGCUCUGUGUAAAUGGAAAAGGUGCAAUCCACGUUAUGAUAUUCGACCACACUUUCGUACGUGCGUAAAUGUGUAGCGCUUUUUGAUCCCAAAAACAAAACCCUGUUCUUCAGCAGCACGUUGCCAAAAGCAUGGCAGCAGCAAACUAAAUACUGAAACUUAAACAGAAACACAGAUAAACCGUGUAGCGUUGGUAAGACGUACUAUAUAUGUAGAAGGGUAAGGAAUAGAAUAGAACAGAACAAAUUACACUUCAAAUGCCGAUGGUCGAAUGACGGUGGUGUGUGUACCUUUCGAAUUUUUGACUAUGGAAAUAUGCAAAUCAAAUCAUCAGUAACAGACAAAAUAGACUUCUAUUUUUAUAAAUUGACAAACUCUUAUAGAAAACAAACCAGAGAACACUAUUGUUGCGUGAACACUAUUCAAAAGAGAUUAUGAUAGAAACCGGAAUACAGGAAAUCCGAAUGGUGGGAGAACAGAAUGGGGUUGGAACAGGAAUGGAACGUAAAACAUAUAUAAAAUCAUCGCCAAAGGAGAAGGUACAAUAUGGAUUCGUUAUAGACUUGUAGUUUGCGAGUUGCCUAAGUGAAGGAAAUUCUGGACCAGAAAUUACAAAAGACACAAUCGAAGCAAGAAAGCAUGUCCUAGCACACAACAAAAGCAGAUAGUUUUGUUUUAUUAUUUUUAAACAUCAGUACAGCUAUUACGCAUCUGUACAUUCAUUGCUGUUAGCAUUAUACUACAAGGGAACGAUAGGGUAGCGAUAUUGUUGCUUCCUAACUUGUCGAACAUUUGCUCUAUAUAUGAUCUGGCUAUCUUUCUGUGUAAGUUCCCACGAUGGCUUCCAUGUUAGAGGAAAGUAACCUCUUCGUUGGCUAUACGCAACCACUUUACGUAAAGCGUUACACAAUGAAACAUCGUCAACAGGGACGCAAAUUGUGUAGAAGGCUAACGCAAGCUGGAUAACAUUGCUUUAACAUGUGUUGUACAGAUUACCUAUACGAUCUUUCUGUACUAAUCUGUUGUAAUCGUACUACUUUUAAUUGUAGCCUGUAAUGGUUUCUUUGCAACCUUUAACAUUAUGUUUUUUUUGCUUAUACAGUAUGCAUUGUUAGGAAUAUGGCCGAUCUGUUACACGGCGUAACCUCUUUCUACUUUGUUCUUUAUGCUUAACUUACUUUUGUUAUACAUACUUGUUAAAUAGUCAGUUUUACAACAAUCAGUCGUAAAUCAUUUUAUCGGAUUUGAAACUUUAUAAAAGUUAGACGUUAUCAUUAUCCUCGAAAAAAAAGGUAUAGGACGGGCGGAAAACUAAAGCUGAAUGUGAUGUAGCGUUAAAUAACGACGACAGAGACAUUUACCGAAAGUCUUAUUAAAGGGAAGCGAAUGGAAUUCUGUUUCGCUUUCGCACUGUUUCUUUUUCUAUCCCUCCAUCACUAUAUAAGGAACAGUUGCACAACACGGUUCAAACAUUCAAACAGAACCGUCUCUCUGUACUCAUGAAACGAUAGAGAAAGAUAAAAAUGGCAAACGAGAGUGAACAAAACAUAUAUAAAGAGACAGAUUAAAAAAAAAACACUUCCAAGUAAAACUCUGCAUCCAAAUACGAUAAACAAAUUGACAAACCGUAGUCAGAAAUAAAUUGAUUCGUGCGUGGUAAAAUAUGUUCACUCAGCGCAGGCCAAUUAAUUGAAUGAAACCAAGCUGAGAACUAGACAUACAAAUAGGCACACAGUUACACAAUAAACAAUAAUAAACGUUAUUGUAUGGAAUAUA